ACAGUCUACAGCAGGCUACUAGAGUGACAGGGAAAGGGAACUACACACAAGGGUUACUCAAAAUGGACAAAAUGCAGUUGACUUUUCCCUGUCUGACUGUCCUUUUGGGUCUCGUCCUGGCUUCUACCACCACAGCCCAGACACAGCCAGUCAAUCCCACUGUAACCCAGCCCACCUCAGCCUCCGACCCAGCCAACAACACAGCCACUCUAGGACACACCACGGUUGUAGACAACAAUAAUUUAACAUUAUCCGCCAUAACCCCAAACCUGACUGAUCUCAUUUUUGAUAACGUCCCUAUAACCAAUUCCACCGGGAGGCCUAACCACACGGUAACCACACCACUGAAGACCAGCUCAGAUGCCUCUCCAGGACCGACAUCCUGGCCCUCACCAAUGGACGUCUCUACAUCAAAGCCCCCAGCAGAGGCCAGGAGCACAACUGCUAGCACUUCUGCUACUAGCACCACCGAGAAUAGAAGUUUGGCGGGAACUGCUCAACCAAAACCCUCUGCGAGAAAAUCGCCCCACAUUGGGUUGAUCAUCUUUCUUGUGCUCAUCAUCGCUGCCUGUGUGCUUGGAGCAGCAUGCUUCUUUACAAAGAAGGCAUCAAGGAGGUACUCCGUAGAUCUCCGAGACAGGCAUGAGGAUCUGCCUCUGAGUACUGCGGAUCCCGAUGCCGUGUUUGACAACUCCUCAACACAGAAGGGGAUGGACACCUUUACCGCCGUGGAUCUCAACAGCACCGAGGUCCUGGUUAAGGGAAGUGAGGGAGAAAGAGCGGAUAGUGAAAAAAUCUCUGACUACCCACCUCCUGCCAGCCCUGUGGACGAACCUGAUGAUGGGGCCCCUGGAGAUGUGGCCCCUGAGGCCCCAGCGGGGGAGACUGAUGACGAGAACACAGUCUCCAAUAAGACCUCAAUGGAGUCAGUGGAGGCCAACAACAACACCAUCAUCACCGCCAGGGUCGCUUCAACAACUCCAAGAGGAAGGGCCAUGACCAGCAGCUUCUCUGAGGUUCCUCUGGACAACCCGGCCUAAAAGAGAUCCUCCUUUAUCUGCAGCCCCUUCACAACCACGCCGGUGUCCCCAUCCAACAAAAUUGGUUGUUUUAGCAUUCCUGUCCACUCCUCCUGGGUCGAACCUACUCUCCGGGCCUCUGGGCCUACUGUGAUCAGAGACUUGGUGAAAGAUGGACAUUCACCUGCUGGUAUCGCCUCAAGCAUCAGCUCCAACCCCCAACAUUCCUUCCUCAGGCCCAAACUGACGAGUCACACCACGGCUUAAUAUGCCUGUGUCUUUCAGUGUGUUAGUCAUCUCAGUUGGGGGACUUUUCUCCCCACUCUCCAGGUGUAAGAACAGUUUACUUUAAAUUAACGCUUUAAGUAUGUUACACUUCUGCCACUAUUGCUACAUUUUGAUGUGUGUGUUUAUGGUGGUUUUAAAAUGGGGAUGUUUGAUAGUGAAAUGUUACUAGUUGAGAAAUAAGUAAUGCGAGUUGACGCAGGGCUGUGCAUAUUCAUGACUAUGAUGAAUUUGGCUUUUGUUGUUGUUAAUGUAAUGCACUAUGUUUAUAUUGCACAUAAACCUAUUAGAAGAAACACUGUACCUUUAAAUAAACUUGCGGUUGUGUUCUUCCUCAGCAAGCUUUCACAUUGAUAUUAACAACUGCAUACUAAAUAUGUAGGAAAUCGCUGCAUUGCUAAAAGAUAUUACGAUUAGCUAUUCAACUUUUCAGCACUUAACCUUUCAGUUGUUAAUCUGUCAGAUCAAACAGGUUUUGCGUCCCUAGUUAUUUUCUCUCAUUGGUUAUUUAGCUGUUUUUACAUGCCCAUACUAAUAGGUAGGUAAUUAGCUUAGACACAUGCAUUGCCCUUUCAUUCAUUAAGUGUUUCCAACAAUGUCUUUAUGGAAACGUCUUCUGACAAAAUGGACAAUUACAGUUCUAUUGUAUUCUACCAUGCAGUGUAGGAAUAUCGACUGCGUGGAACAGGUAGUUUAGAGGAGACCGUUGUGAUGACGAGUGGACGUUUCCAAAAGGCCAGAUCUGCUUUACUGCACGCUGUAAAAGCCCAGAGGAGAUGGAAAGAGCGGUGAUAAAUUGUCAUGUUUGAAACGUUCCCUCUGUGAUGUCAUAGUCAGUUUAGGACAAAGGAUUUUGGAUUUCACUUAGUUUCCAGUCGGUUUUUAGAGGGGGGUAAAGGUGACGGUAGUAAACAGGUUAAUGCAGGUUGUAGGUAAUGAGACUGAAAACAGGCUGAGGUUUUGGUCUAUUACUAUCCGUUAACAAAAUGAUAGGUGGAAACUUACCUCCGCUACAGUUCAAACACUUGACUCCUAGGCCUUACUACAAUGUGAGCAAUCUAAUCAAUUGUAAUCACUACUUUUUGUAACCCAGCAUUUGAGCUCUUGUUCAGAGACCAGAUUGAGGAGGUGGUAGUCUCUCGCUGGACUCAGGUUAGCCUUAGUAGCAUUUCCCCCAGAGUCACUAAAUCCCCAGUGGAAUGUCAAGCCUUUCAGUGACUAGGUUUCUCCUUCACUAUAGUAACUGCCUAACUGGGGGUUCUCUCCACACAGAUCCCUAUCUGUUCCUAUAUGGCUCAACUUUAGCUCAGUUUAGCCCAGCCAGAGCUGUGCGAGAGCUCACCUGACCUGCAAUAUGCAAUCAGACCCUUAGUAAUCACAUAAGCUCUGCAAUAUGCAAUCAGCCUCUUAGUAAUCACAUAAAGCUCUGCAAUAUGCAAUCAGCCUCUUAGUAAUCACAUAAAGCUGUUCUCUGUUACCUGGUCUCCUUUUUAUUGCAUGCUUUUGAGAUUACCGGGGGGGGGGGGGUCACAUUUGAAAGUGCAACGGCAGGAUAUAAGAGCUGUGCGGAUGAGACACUCCUACAGCAUGGUCGGUUUCCAUUGAUUUGGUGAUGUACUCCACUCCAUAGAUAUCCAAUAAGCAUCUGUUAGCUGCCUUCAAUUCUUAUUUGGGUAUGUAGAAGUUUUAUGUAUGAAAUCUGUACACGCAGCUUUUUGUCAACCUUGAAGUUAAUCUAGUCGUAGUCAUCAAUGGCUUUUUAAGGAGUUGAACCACCUCAACUCCACGGUCUUCACACCUAGGGGGCAUACACCGGAUCGAAGAAUCCAUAAAAGGGUCAUCAUAAAUCAAUUCAAUAGUUCCCCCCCCCCCCCCCCCCAUGUCCGGUAUCCUGUCCCGCAAACAGAUGUUUCAGCACAGGUGUCAAAGGUCAGAGGCCACGUAAACAUGGUCAAAACAGAAGGUAUGGCAGGGGGUUACAGUUGACGAGAGCCAGGAUAGUGGUGUCACAGGAUGACUAAGGACACAACUUUCCAGGAAAAUCCAGCCAGGUAGAAAUAUAGAUGGAGAAAACUGAGGAGAAAGUUAAAAAGCCCUGAAAGGUAGCCCAGGUUGAUCUCCCCAUCGUGACGCUCCCAUCGAUUACAAAGCAGGAUUAGCAAAGGUUGAAGCUAAGUGCUUUACAGAUGAAUAACUGUUCUGCACAACAAAAUGAAUCAUUUGAAUCGUAAGUGACCCAAUGACUUCAUGCUGACUUCCACAUUGUUUUCUUUGUGUUCUUUAGACUGAAGAAAUUCAUCGGAAACGCCUGAAAACAAAGUAUUUCUUUCAAUUCAUAUAUAUAGGCUAGUUGGUUAAGUUGAUGUUUUCUCUGUCUAUAAACAAUUUAGCUAAGAAGAUAGCAGUGUUGGUUCAUGAUCCAGGGGAAAUUAAAGUGAUACUGUUAUAUAGCUUCGCUAUGACAAAGAAACAGCUGGGAGAGGUGUAAUAGGAAGUAUGUCUUUAGGGAGAAACAGCUGGGAGAGGUGUAAUAGGAAGUAUGUCUUUAGGGAGAAACAGCUGGGAGAGGUGUAAUAGGAAGUAUGUCUUUAGGGAGAAACAGCUGGAAGAGGUGUAAUAGGAAAUAUGUCUUUAGGGAGAAACAGCUGGGAGAGGUGUAAUAGGAAGUAUGUCUUUAGGGAGAAACAGCUGGGAGAGGUGUAAUAGGAAGUAUGUCUUUAGGGAGAAACAGCUGGGAGAGGUGUAAUAGGAAAUAUGUCUUUAGGGAGAAACAGCUGGGAGAGGUGGGACAUGGGCAACAACUGAAAACUAUUUUCUUUAAAGGAUAGUUUAUACUCUUUCUACACACUCAUUCACAAACAUCCCAAUGUAGUGUGUCACUUUUUUAAGUCUGAAAUCUUGACACAAAUAAAAUGUAAAAAGCUAAGUUGUCUAGAAGACGUUUCAAUAAAUAAUGCUCUGUCUAGAACACCUGUUUCUCUUGUUUGUACAUUUUAAUAAAUCUAUCAAAAAACA